UAACUGAAGCGGUGGCAAUGUUUUUACAUAUCCUUACUCACAACCUAAAGUACAGAGUAGUGCACUUUAGUUAUUGUAGAUCUAAAGAAACAAUAAGCCGACAAUUUAAUAAUGUCUUUAAAGCUGUAAUGAAAGUGAGCCAGGAUCAUUUGAAGUUUCAUACCUAUCUAGAAGGUCCAAGUGAAAAUAAAUGGAAGUGGUUUGACAAAUGUGUUGGAGCACUUGAUAGAACACAUAUUCCGGUAACAGUUUCUCUUGAAGAUAGGCCUAAAUAUUGUAAUAGAAAAGGUGAUGUUUCUACAAUUGUGUUAGCAACUUGUGGUCCAGAUUUAAGGUUUAUUUAUGCGUUACCUGGGUGGGAAGGGUCAGUAGGAGAUUCUCGAGUAUUACGAGAUGCUUUAUGUCGUCAAAAUAAACUUGAAAUUCUAACUGGUAAGUACUUUCUUGUGGAUGCGGGAUAUACUAAUGGUCCAGGAUUUCAAAACAAUGUCAUAGACGAGGUUGCAACUAUUCAAGUUACUGAGGAGUAA